AUGUGUUUGGGGAAGCUGCCGCGCGGCACAAUCAAAGCGAUUGCAGCACAGGCAACACAGCGACACUCAAGCUCGCCAGAAUUCGACUUUUUUGGGAUAUGGGACGUGGUCCACCUGGACGAAACGUGGUUCAAUGCCGACAAGGACAGCCGGAAGACGUACCUUGUCGAUGGAGAAGAUGUUGGAAACCGCGCCUGCAAGUCCAAGCGCAUUAUUGCGAAGGUCAUUCACUCAAGUCCCAGCCGCUCGGAACUCACGCAAUCGGCCAGCGGGACAAUGGUCACAACACUGAUCAAUGUUGACUCCGCCACGUACCGAGAUUACGUUGUCAACAAGGUGAUUCCGGCAAUCAAGGCGAACUUCCGAAGUUUGAACAAGCGCGUCGUGCUGCAACACGACAACGCUACGCUUCACCGAUCCAUCGACAAUGCCACCCUUGUUCAAGUUUCCACCGACGGGUGGACUUUCGUUGUUCGCUGCCAACCCCCCAACAGUCCUGACCUCAACGUGCUUGACCUUGGCUUCUUUGCCUCUAUCCAGACUCUACAGUACAAGACUGUGAGUCGCACCGUUGAUGAGGUGAUAGCGUCAACAAUGAUCACAUUCGAAACUCUCGAGAGCGAGAAGUUGGCCAAUGUUUUCCUGACCCUGCAGGGUGUCAUGCGACUUGUACUGGAGCACCGUGGUGGUAACCACUUCAAGCUACCCCAUUUGAAGAAAGAUGCCUUGAGACGUACCGGUAAUCUUCCUACUAAUCUGUCCUGUCCUGUGUCGCUUCUCUUCGAGGCAAACAGCUACCACGUCCAAACGUCGGGUCUAUGA